AUGCCCCCUGCCGUUCACCAAGUCCCCUUCGCCGACCCGCCCUGGCUCAGAGGCGCCCCUUCGCCGUACUUCAACGCGUCACAUCGCAGAUUCCAGGCUGCUUGUCGCGCAUUCGUUGACGAGAACCUUAACAAGAAUGCCCUGGACUGGGAAACAGCAGAGGAGGUACCAUCUGAUUUAUUCGAGGUCUUUGCAAAGGGUAACUUUAUCCUGCCGUCUUUGCCAGCGCCUUUACCAGUAGAAUGGCUUCGAAAGCUAGGCAUAACUCACAUGCCCGGCCAGGUCCCUGUUGAGGAAUGGGACACUUUGCAUACGAUGAUAUAUGCAGAUGAGAUGAGCCGCUCCGGCCUUGCUGGACCACCAGGCUCCAUCACCACUGGCGUUGCCUUUGGUAUUCCUCCUCUGUUGCAUUAUGCAGAGCCUCAGCUACAGGAGAGAUUUCUUCCUGACCUCCUAGUGGGGCGAAAGAGAAUCUGCAUUGCUAUUACGGAACCAGAUGCUGGCUCUGAUGUCGCCAACAUCACCACCACGGCUACGCUGAGUGGCAACGAAUAUAUCAUUAACGGGACCAAAAAGUGGAUUACCAAUGGAAUGAUGGCAGACUAUGCUAGCAUGGCAGUCCGAACUGGUGAGGAAAACUCUGGAGGAAAAGGCAUUUCUUUAAUCUUAGUCCCACUCAAGGACCACCCUGGCGUGACAAGGAGACGACUCAAAGUUGCAGGGCAGAUCGUGGCUGGAACUUCCUUUAUCGAACUUGAUGAUGUGAGAGUCCCACGGGAAAACCUAAUCGGGCGUGAGAACGAGGGCAUGAAGUACAUCAUGCAUAACUUUAACCACGAGCGCAUGUUCAUCUCUGUUGGUGUCACCCGCCAGGCUCGAGUUGCCCUGAGCAGUGCCUUCGCAUAUUGUCUUCAGCGCAAGGCAUUCAACAAGAACAACCCGUGGUACGUCACCGACUGGCUAAAUGUGGUGCAAUCCUGGAAUCGCAAUGGUCCUGGGUAG